CAUAAUAAUAUUUGGAAUUAUUUUAAUUAGUCUCGUGAAUAUAUUGAUUUAUAAAUUAGUACUUCUUAUCAUAAGUACGUUAUUGAUUGCCUUUUGUGCUAAUGUCAUAACAGACAUCAAACUUGAAUAAAUUCAUAGAUAAAUACUUCAAAUUUUGCUGGAAAAACUUCAAACCGCGGGCUUUUUUAAUCACAGUGGGGCUCCCAUGCAAAAUUCUUGCGAAUUACGUCAGUGAACAGUAUGGCAGUCGUGUUGUGUAGUAUUGCUGUGGUUGACUCAAUUUUUUUUCGUCCGAUAAAUAGUAUUUUAAAUCAUACAUCAAACAAGAUCCGCAUGUGACCUCUAUUUGAAAGAUGUGGAACCUGUCAAGGUUUUAGAUCUUCUUCAAGGAUAGCCUCAAAAUGUUUGCUAGUCUAAAAAAUAAAAUACGUGAAGAAAUUGGGAGUGAUGUGGCUGCUGUUGUACGAAAUGCUGGAUCUGUUCGUAGUAUUAAUUCGAAACACUUGUCACAGACUGGUUCUUCUAGUAGUAUAAGUGGCUCUCAAUUGUCAUUAGACGAAUCUCAAGAAAGCAAUAUCAUAAACGCAUCUCCAACAAUCAAUUUGAAAAGGGAAAAUAGUUUUGAAUUUAGGUUGAGUGAUGGAAACCAACUGUCUGCCAAAGAUAUUAAAAGGCUGGAGAAUAGAGAAGAUGAAUGGAGGAAAAAAUUAGUUAAAAAAGAAGCAGAGUUUCAAAAAAAACUUGACAAAAAGGAUGAAGAAUGGCGAAUAAGACUGUACGAAAAAGAAAAAGAAUGGAAAAAAAUUUUAGAGAAACAAGAAAAAGAAAAGUCGAAACUUGAAGAAGGUCGAUUAAAAGCUGAAAAUGCUAAACAAUCGUUAGAAGUUGCUCUCAAGGAUGCCGAAGAAUACAAAAAAAAGUUGUACAGUUUUCAAGAAGACGCAGAACAACUAGAAGGAUUUCAAACGCAAGAAAUGGCAAAAGUUAAACACUUGUUAUUGGCCAAAGAACAAGAAGUUGAGGAGAAAUCACAUCAUUUAAAGGCAGCUUUAACCGAAAUCGAUAGUUUAAAAACAGAAGUCUCUAGAUUGAGAAGAUAUGAAGAUGAAUUAAAUAACAUUCAGGAUGAAAUGGAAUCUUUACGUCAUACAACACAACGUGAAAAAGCGCAAUUAUCUAGUGAAUUAGCACAAUCAAAAGAAGAAGUACGUCAUUUAACGACUAAAGUAUCAGUAUUAGAGCAAAGGUUGGCUCUAGAGUCCAGUGAUGAUUCCACUGUCGAUGAACGAAUCGCUGAUUUAAUGAGAGAACGGACUCUAUUGGAGCGUAAACUUGAAGAAACGCAUCUUCAUCUUUCUGAUAUAAAAACCAGUUGGUCGGCUACAAUUUCAAGUUUAGAAACUCAAGUAGGAAGAUUGAGUAGACAAGCCGGUGAGGAAGGCCUUGAGAGAAGACGUGUCGAAGAGGAGAAGGAAAAGCUGAAACAGAGAGUGAAGCAGUUGGAGGAGGAAAUAGAGGUGAACAAUGUUGUCAUGGCGACGAAAGACGCCAAGCUUUUACGCAUGGCAGAAAGCAUCGACGAAAUGGCCACGGAACUGAAAGAGCUCCGGGCCAGCGUCGAUGAUGAGGUCGAAGAAUUUAAACGACAAAUUGAAUCAUCUUCCAAAGUAAUCGAAAGGCUUCGAACUGAGCUAGAAGAAUCAGCCCAGAAGUUGUUGUCAGCUACAACGGAAUUGUCACAAUUAAAAAUAACAUAUGAAGGCGAAAGAAAAAAUAAUUCAUCACUACACAUGCAAUUAGCCCGUUUAAGAGAAAGUUUAGAAGCUGAAAGGACCACCUGUGCAACCUUACGAGUUAGUCUCGAAAAAGAGCAAAGUGAAAAAGACUCAGCAUUAUUAAGAAAUGCGCAAAUUUCUCAAAACUUUGAAAUAGCAAAGCAAGAACAAAGAAGACACGAGUUAGAAAAUGCGGAGUUACAAAAUAAAAUAGAAACUACUGAGACAUUAUUGAAAAAAGUAACAGCAGAUAAAGAAGAAUCUGUGAGAAACUUAGAGGAAAUGAAAAUUAGGCUCAAUGAGCUUGAAGAAGCUGGAAAACUUUAUAAAACAUUUGAGGGAAUGGAACAAACUCUUAGAAGUAACUUAUCCAAUUUGGAAGACCAGCUAAAUGAUAAAAAUAAGACAAUCAAGAUACUUCAACAAAGGCUGACUGAUAUGAAAAAAACUUUACAGAAAGAAUUAAGAUUACCUGCUUCAUGCGUUGACAAUGACAUAGAACCAUCAGCAGCUAUUCUCAUUCCAAGCUCAUCAAAAACAGUAUCUGCCAAAAAUUCCAAUUUUCAAGAUGAUGAUGUUAAUUUUAAGUAUCUUAAACAUGUCCUGAUUAAAUUUUUAACUAGCAGAGAAUAUGAGGCAUUACACUUAACCAGGGCCGUUGCUACAUUAUUGCAUUUUUCACCUGAAGAAGAAAGACUGCUUCAAGAAACCUUAGAAUGGAAGAUGUCUUGGUUCGGGACUAGGCCGAAUCUAGGUUUUGGACAAACAGCAAAAGCCAUUCCACCUAGCUGAUAGUAAAAUUAUAUCCCUUUUUGGGUAACUAGCAACCUGAAUUAUUUAGAUUAAGAAGCAUUCCAAAAAUCCAUUAAGUGAAAAAUUCAGGUUAUCAAGUGGCAUUUUAUCAUAACAAGCCCCAUUCAAGUAACAAUUAAUCUCAUGUAUUCCUUUAAUUAGUGAGAAUUAAAAAUUAUCGUAAAUAAUAAGUUUUUAUAAAACUUAUUUGUGUAUAUAAUUUUAAGAAAAUUCAUAGCCAAGAACAAUACUAUCUUAAACCAAUUAGUAGAUGAAACAUAUACUCAAUCGAAAUGAUUGUUUCCAAUUUAUACAUAAUACAAUAAAAUUUAGCUAGGUUUAUAAUAAAUGAUUCAAGCUAGAUAACUAGAUUAUUUUGAAAAAAAUAAUGUUUAAAUUUAUAAAUU